UUCACCCCAUGUUCCCCCUUCAUUCGACACAGUAACCCUCGCGUUUUAUUCAAGCAUACCGACCCUGGAACCUCACAGUUUUCCGAGCACGCGAAAAAUCGCGACAUUUCCAACGAAAACGUCGCGUUGCGGAUCCCGCAUUUCGUUUCCGCAGCGCAAACCAGCAAAAAUUAUUGAUUUCCCUUCACGAGCGAAGGGUGUUCGACAAUUUGCUGAACGCUACUUGGCGCACACCUGCUGCGAAGGUAAACGGCGACGUGUGUUUCACCUACUUUCAUCAUCACUGCGAGUCUUGAUCAAGGCUGUGUUAUACAAGGGUUGUCGAGGAAUACUUAAAAAAAUAAUAUAUAAUCCGAGUAAAUUUACAAAAGCCAAGAUGAAGAUUGGAUUAUUGAAAAACUUUUUACACUACUUCAACCUGAGGCAGGGAACAAUACUAAUUGCCAUAUUUCAAUUGUUUUCUUCCGGAUUCAGUAUGAUAUUUUUCAUCCUGGCGCUAGCACAUGCAAUGGGAAUUCAAGAAAUGGUGGUGAGAGACACUGAAGAUGCUCUCGAGAGAGAGGCUUUGGAAGAGAUAUCGUCGAAUCAUCUCAACACCAAGAAGAUGGAUCUGGCACACCAUAAUGCAACUGAAAUGGUAUAUGCAAUGUAUUGUGGCCUCGUCAUAACAGUUAUUCACUUCAUCUCUACCAUGUUACUUCUUUAUGGAGCUUUGACGAAUAAUCGUCAUUUUAUGGCGCCUUGGAUGAUGGUCAAAAUCACUAUCAUAUCAGCCUUAGCGAUCUCACUAUUUCUAGUAGAAGAGGACUGUCCUUUCCUUGCCACUUUGGGCGGAAGGGCGGGUAUUUGCGAACGUCUUAUCGCCUUUUUCCUGAUAAUUAUGAGCUUUUACGUUUGGUUCGUUGUAUAUAGUACUUAUAAGAGCCUCGAGACAAAGAAAGGACUCACGCACGAAGUGCAUAGUAUGAAAAAAAAGUACGCGGUUCCUGUGCCACUAGAGGUACCAAAAGCGAUCCAGGUUUCAGCGAACAAACCCUACGAGCUUUAAAGAUAUUAUGAGGAUAAAGAUAGAGCAACGAAGAAUUCGUGGAUGAGGAAAUCUGUGACUUUGCAAAGACGCGAGAUUUAAUCGCGAAGGAGCUCUCUAUGGCGUGCAAUCUUGAAAGAAAAUCGUGUGCUUUGAAAAAAGUAAAAUUGGAAAAGUAAUUAAAAAAUGAUUGCAAAAUCGCACAAGAAAAGUGCAUUAUGUUGGAAACGAAAAAUUAAUUAACGGCGCAGAAAGUAUCAUGAGAAAAAGUAUAUUCGACGUAGGACGUGAGAAGAUAAAUGAAAAAAAAAA